AUGGGAAUGACUCCAAUAUGGCGGAAAUGGACUGUGACAGCUUGUAAAUGUGUGGACUUUUAGUGCUGUAGUACUGCCUGUCCUACGUGGAAUGACAAAUCAAUAGGCUUGUGCUUGUUGACUUUCUGCACAAUAUACUGAAUUUCAUGAUUUGGUUGUUCAUAAACGGGGAAUUGUUUCACAACAAGUGACAACGCAGCCAAUAUGAGACGAAAUUCAGUCACGAUCAUCAAGUUUUUCCUCGUGGCGAUACUUGUCAUCACGAUUGGACCUCUCAUGAUGAAAAUGAUGCCGAGUAAUGGAGACAGGGGCCGAGGACCAUUCGGAACUGGGGACUUCUUACCACGGCCUCCCAGAGAGGUGCAGCCUCCAGCAGCUGUGGGUACUCUGCACCGCAUCGACUGGCACAAUUAUACAGAAAUCGCUCUCCUGCAGAAAAGAACAGGUCCGGGAGAACAAGGCAGGGCAGUCCGUAUUGAUGGCAGUGAGUCCAAAGAGAAGGAUAAACUCUACCGUGUCAAUGGUUUCAACGCCUUGGCAAGUGAUAAAAUAUCAUUGCAUAGAUCAUUAUCAGAUAUCCGCCAUCCCGAUUGUAAAUCUGAAAAGUACUUAAAUAAACUUCCGAAUGCCAGCAUAAUCAUUCCAUUCCAUGAUGAACAUUGGACGACGUUACUACGGACCGUCCAGAUAUCGUUAGACAGAGCACCAAAACAUCUUAUACAUGAAAUUAUAUUAGUUGAUGAUUUUAGUACAAAAGAUUUUCUUAAAAAGCCACUAGAUGACUAUGUCAAGAAACACUAUACAAAUGUAAAAGUUCUCCGAGCCAAAAAGCGUGAGGGUCUAAUACGAACUCGAUUACUGGGGGCCAAGGCUGCCACUGGUCAGGUUCUCAUAUUUCUAGACUCACACUGUGAGCCAAACAUAAAUUUCCUGCCUCCUUUAUUAGAUCCAAUUGCUCAGGAUCGCCGGACAGUUGUAUGUCCAUUCAUAGAUGUUAUCGAUUAUGAAACGUUCCAGUAUCGAGCGCAGGAUGAAGGUGCAAGGGGAGCAUUUGAUUGGGAGUUCUUCUACAAACGUCUGCCAUUAUUGCAAGAAGAUCUGAAACAUCCAUCCAAACCAUUCAAGAGCCCUGUCAUGGCUGGAGGUCUGUUUGCAAUAGAUGCCUCGUGGUUCUGGGAGCUUGGGGGCUACGACCCGGGGCUGGACAUCUGGGGAGGAGAGCAGUAUGAGCUCUCGUUCAAAAUCUGGCAGUGUGGAGGGACAAUGAUUGACAUGCCAUGCUCCCGUAUAGGCCAUGUCUAUAGAAAGUUCAUGCCCUUCAGCGGUGCAGGGUCUGGUGACUAUCAGGCGAGGAUUUGGCAGUGUGGUGGAAUGAUGCUUGAUGCCGGUUGCUCCAGGAUCGGCCAUGUUUAUAGAAAAUUUAGUCCUUUCACGAGCAGUGGUGCAGGUGAUUACACCUCGAGGAAUUACAAGCGUGUAGCCGAAGUUUGGAUGGACGAAUACAAGGAGUACUUGUAUAAGCGCCGGCCCCACUGGAAGACUGCUAAUGCAGGCGACUUAACUGCCCAGUUUGAGAUACGGGAGAGAUUAAAGUGUAAAUCAUUCAAGUGGUUUAUGACAGAGAUAGCGUUUGAUCUGCCCAAUUUCUAUCCUCCGGUUGAGCCGCCGAAUUUUGCUGAAGGGGAGAUAAGAAAUCUUGGUGCCAACAUGUGCAUCGAUGCCAAGUUCAGGAGCAGCAAUGAACGGUUUAGCAUUGAACAAUGCAUGUCGGAUAAAGCUGGAUUAUCUGGUGAACAGCAAUUUGAGCUUUCCUGGCACAAAGAUAUUCGUCCAAAGAGAAGAAACGUUUGCUUCGAUCUGUCACAAAGCCGCGAUAGAAGUCCUGUUAUAUUGUUUGGGUGUCAUGGUAUGCAAGGAAAUCAGUUCUGGAAAUACAACACGCGGACACAGCAGUUAUUCCAUCCUGUAUCUCGACUAUGCAUGGAUUGCGACGGUGGCACCAGAGAAAUAUUCGCCAGAGCAUGUGAUAGCAGCGUACCAACACAACGAUGGAAAUUUUCAAAAGUUAAUUUAAAAGAAAUGAAAAAAUUAUGGGACUCUUCUUCCUAACCCCAAUUAAUGGUGCCUCAGAAGUGUGUAAAUGUACAGAUGAGCUAUUUUCUACUUAUGGUGAGCACAGGUGUUGGCCUGACUCACAUGAUUGGUGCCACUUUAACCCUUCAAAUGACUUGUAUCUGAUUUUUAUCAUUCUUAUGAUUUGUUGAUAUAUGAGGACAUUGUUAUUAAAAGAAUGCUUCGUGAGCUGAUUUCCUUCGAGCAAUCGUUCCCUAUGCAAUAGUAAGAAAGAAAGUUCAAAGAAUUUUGUUAAAUAGGUAACUGGGAUUUGUUAAAAACAAUAAAUUUUGUAAAUAAAUGUACUUAAUGCACAAGAAUAGUAGGUAUGGGUGUUGCCAGUGCAUGGAUUGUUGUUGUUAUCAGAUUUUAGGUGAUACUAUGUGACCCAUCACAUCAUUCUACCCAAAAUGAGUAGCAAGUCACAUUUGUGACAUAUGGAGUCAUCCACAUGUUCAGAUAUCUUAGGUUAUAUUAACCAAUGUUCUUUUACCAAUCAAGGUUUUAAUGGCGAACAUCAGCAAUUUUCCUUUGAAACAGUCUUGUGUGAUGGAUUACAUAUGAUUCUUCGCUGGCAACACCUAUUGUUGAUGUGACAUUGUGACAUCAUAUGGAUGUCCUGUAGAUGUAAUUUUUCUACAAAAUGUGGCUUUGUUGGUUGUUACAACCAACAAAGCCACAUUUUGGAGACAUUGUGACAAGACCUGUCAUUCCAUGAACCCCAAGCAUGGUGCUGACGACCGUUGGAUCACAGCUCAUCUUUAUCCAAACUUACUUACUUACUUACCACAACCUUUACAUGUAGUGCAAAUUCUCUCUGCAUUAAUCUCAUGGUGUUAACCCCUUACGUUACAGGUGCACUUUCCUAGCAAAUGUGGAAAAUAUUGAUGGUGUUUACUUCUUCACACAUUUUGUACAUAUUGUUUUAAAGUAUACCCGUGUUCAUUGUCCACAGAAAGGUACCAUCUUUACCUCCGUAUUCAAUAGCUCCUUCAAGAUAAUUUCCUUAUCUUAACCCACUUCACAAACAAUCGCCUUUUUUCGGAGAGCAUAGGAUGCAAGAACUUUCCUCAACUAUCAUCUGCAUCUGUCUUUGGUGAGCUAGGGUAUCAUUUUAAUAAAUAAGUGUUAUUAA